UUCCUUAUAUAAAUAGCGAGCAAGUAUCCAACAUCCAGUUUGGUCUACAACACCAGCAUGAAGCAACUGACAUUGUAUGUGAUAGUUACUCUUUGCCAUUCUUUCAACAGAAUUGUGGCACUACCACAGUUGCAUAGAUUUGUUGACGAUGACGAGGAAAACGCGCGAGCCUUUAUGGAAGAAGAAGAUCGUCGUUUUGCUGAAAAAUGUUACGAGCAUACAGUGGUAAACUGGAAUUACAGCACAAACAUAAACGACAUCAACCAAGAAUUACUGCUUAAUGCAAGUUUGGAAUAUUCAAAAUUCGCAAAAAUGUCGUGGCAGAAUCGGAAUAGUAAAUUCAAGUCCUGGCCUAGUUUUAAAGACCCUGACCUCAAAAGGAAAUUCAAGAAAUUGAUGGACCUCGGAGCAUCCGUAUUACCUGAAGAUGUUUUAGCUCAGUACAACAAGCUCCAAUCGGAUAUGUCAAAGACUCAGAGCACAACUAAAGUAUGUGCUUACCAAAAUUCAACCAUCUGCAACCUCUCGUUGGAUCCAGAUCUAAAGAAAAUUAUGAAAGAAAGCCGAAACGAACACGAACUUCGUCACAUUUGGACAGAAUGGCAUAACAAGUGCGGAAAUCGUAUCAGGCAGCCUUACGAACAGUUUGUAAAAUUGAGCAAUCAAGCUGCUGUAUUAAAUAACUUUAGUGACACGGGUGAUUAUUGGCUAAGAGAAUACGAGUCAGACACAAUUAAGGAAGACUUUGAACAGAUUUACGAAACACUCGCCCCACUCUACAAGCAAAUACACGCCUACGCAAGAGCCAAACUGCGUGACGAAUACAAGGAUCAGUUUUCUUCCGAUGGUCUUAUCCCUGCCCAUCUUUUCGGCAGUCUUUUCGCAUCUUCCAUGGACGGAAUUUAUUCACUAUUGAUUCCUUUCCCUGACAGAGCUUCGAUUGACGUUACUAAACAAUUAAAGGCCCAGGGAUAUACGCCAUUGAAAAUGUUUCAGAAAGCUGACGAGUUUUUUACGUCAUUGGGUCUCAUCCCCAUGCCAGAAGAAUUCUGGAAAGAAUCGUUGAUUGUAAAGCCAAAGGAUCGCGAGGUUGCUUGUCAUGCAACAGCUUGGGAUUUUUGCAACGGCAAAGAUUUUCGGAUUAAACAAUGUACUGAGGUCAACAUGAAAGAUUUCAUCACUAUUCACCACGAGAUGGGGCAUAUUCAAUAUUUCCUGCAGUACAAAGAUAAACCAUUCACGUAUCGCGAUGGAGCUAAUCCAGGCUUUCACGAGGCUGUUGGUGACACACUAGCUCUCUCGGUGCAAACACUGAAACACCUGAAAGAAGUCGGAUUACUAGACGAAGCUACUCCAAUCGAUGACUAUGAGACAUCCAUCAAUUUCCUGAUGGCUAUCGCUUUAAAAAAGGUCGCAUCACUGCCUUUUGCCUAUAUAAUCGAUAAAUAUCGCUUGGCCAUUUUCGAUGGUUCAGUAGAUGUUUCUCGUUACAACUCGCAUUGGUGGGAACUCAGGAAAAAAUAUCAAGGCGUCAAACCUCCCGUUCAGCGAUCAGAAGAAAAUUUUGACCCCGGUACUAUUUAUCAUGUUGCAUCUCACGUUGACUACCACAGGUAUUUUGCGGCCACAAUCAUCCAAUUUCAGUUUCAUCGUUCGCUAUGCAAAGAAGCUGGCCAGUACGACCCACGGGAUCCGUUAAAGCCUUUGCAUAAUUGCAGUAUUUACAGAAGCAAAGCAGCUGGAACAAAACUCGCAACUGGACUUGCAAUGGGAGCAUCCCAACCUUGGCCAGCGGUCAUGAAGUCAAUGACCAGUCAAGAAAUAAUGGAUGCCUCCGCCAUUCGCGAAUACUUCAAGCCACUAGAAGACUGGCUGACAGUACAGAAUUCCGUACUUGGCGAAGCGCCUGGAUGGCCUUCCAAGUCUGUUCUAGCGUCGACGGACAGUCCCUUGCGAGACCAUAAGGUGUCACACCGUUCUGUUUUGACAGUACCUUCGGAAAUGGAAUGGAGAGUGGCAGCUAUAAUUUCGCUCUGGCUCAUUGCGAGCGCUUAUUCGUUUCCAUCAGUCAGUGAUUCGUUGGAGAAUGAUUUGGAGUCGCAGAGUCGUGUCUUUUUAGCAGAAUAUGAUAGACAGUCAUCGGAAAAAUGUUUUAAGGCAGCUAGUGCAAACUGGAACUAUGCGACGGACAUUCGAGACGAGACUGAAAAAAUCAAGCUCGAACAGAGUUUAGAGUAUUCAAAAUUCCAAAAGGAAGCUUGGAAGAAUAUAACAAAUCAGUUCAAAGUAAGGGAUAAUUUCAAAGAUCCUGCACUGGUGCGAGCCUUUAAAAAGAUAGCCAUCAUUGGAACAUCUGCUUCUGCCCUACCUGAAGAGAGGCUUAAAGAGUUCCAGCAACUUAAAAACACAAUGGCGAAGAUCUAUAGCACCGCAAAAACGUGCGCUUACGAGGAUGCCACCAAGUGCAAUCUUUCUUUGGAUCCAGACUUGACUAAGAUAAUGAAGGAGAGCCGUGACGAAGCGCAACUGCGACAUGCCUGGAAAGAGUGGCACGAUAAAGCUGGAGUCCCCAUUCGACAACAUUACAAGCCCUACGUUGAUUUUAGUAACGAAAUUGCAAAAACUAACAGUUUCAGUGACGCCGGAGCAUUUUGGUUGCGUGAAUAUGAAUCGGAAACGAUCAAGGAAGACAUUGAACAGCUAUGGCAAACUUUGAAACCCUUUUAUCAGCAAAUGCACGCAUAUGUGAGAGCGAAGUUACGAGACACUUACGGCGGCCAAAUAACAGAAGACGGGCUUAUUCCUGCUCAUUUACUUGGAAACAUGUGGGCUCAGUCGUGGGAAAAUAUUUACUCCCUCGUUGUGCCAUUCCCCGAAAAGGCAUCAAUUGACGUUACGGAACAAAUGAAGGAACAGGGCUACACACCGUUAAAAAUGUUUCAAGUUUCCGACGAAUUUUUCACUUCUUUGGGUUUGAUCCCCAUGCCACCCGAAUUUUGGAAGGAAUCCCUUUUGGAAAAGCCCAAGGAUCGCGAAGUAGUGUGUCAUGCUUCCGCUUGGGAUUUUUGCAAUGGAAAAGAUUUCAGAAUCAAGCAAUGCACCGUCGUCAACACGGAGGACCUCAUCACUGUCCACCACGAAAUGGGCCACGUCCAAUAUUAUUUGCAAUACAAAGAUCAACCUCUUAUUUUCCGCCGGGGAGCAAAUCCAGGAUUUCACGAGGCGGUAGGAGAUACGUUGGCCCUGUCCGUCAUAACGCCCAAACAUUUGAAGGAGAUCGGUUUGCUGGACGAAUCGACUCCGAUAGACGAUUACGAGACAUCCAUUAAUUUCUUACUAUCCAUGGCUUUGGAAAAGAUAGCGUUUUUGCCUUUUGGUUAUUUAAUUGACAAGUACAGAUGGGACAUAUUCGACGGGACUGUUGAACCGUCUAAUUACAAUGCGCACUGGUGGAAACUGCGACGGGAAUAUCAAGGACUUAAAUCCCCCGUUGAAAGAUCUGAGGAAAAUUUUGAUGCUGGAGCCAAAUAUCACGUUCCUGCUGACGUCGAAUAUCUAAGAUACUUCGUCAGUAAAGUCAUCCAGUUUCAGUUCCAUCGUUCGUUAUGUUUGGAAGCUGGGCAAUACGAUCCACAGGAUCCUCGGAAGCCGCUCCAUAACUGCGAUAUUUAUCGGAGCAAAGCGGCCGGAGCGAAAUUAGCUGCUGGCCUGGCAAUGGGUUCAUCACGACCGUGGCCAGAGGUUAUGAAAGUGAUGACCGGCCAAGAGAAGAUGGAUGCUUCUGCCAUUCGUGAAUAUUUCAAGCCUCUCGAAGAUUGGUUAUCUUUGCAAAAUGCCAAACUGGCUCAAACACCUGGAUGGCAGUUUCUGUUCUGCGGAACAAUCGCUAACAUGAAAAUUUGGACGCUCGCUAUUGUGGCCCCUCUUUUAAUUUGCAUCACUAAUGCUUGGAACCUACCAUCAUUAAGGAAAUCGAAAAAUGAUUUAGAGUCCGAAGCUCGUUCUUAUUUGGCGGAAUUGGAUCGAUCAUCGUCGCAAAAAUGUUACGAAUCGAGUGUUGCCGAAUGGGCCUACGCUACUGACAUUAACGAUGAAAAUGAAAAGGUGAAAUUAGAAGUCAGUUUGAACUUUGCUAAAUUUUCAAAGGAAAUUUGGCAAAACGCCACCACAGCAUUUCCGUUGUGGAGGGAAUUCAAAGAUCCAGAUCUCGUUAGAAAAUUUAAGCAAAUCACAGUUCUCGGAGCACCAGCACUUCCUGACGACCAAUACAAAAAGUACGCGCAAUUGGAAACUGAUAUGACAAAGCAUUACAGUACUACUAAAAUAUGUUCCUUCAAAAAUAAAGAAACGUGCAACCUUUCCCUCGAACCAGAACUGACCAAAAUCAUGGCAGAAAGCCGCAAUGAAAAAGAAUUACGUCACGUUUGGACAGAAUGGCACGACAAAAGCGGUGGCCCAAUAAAGCACAAAUACAAAGAGUUUGUCGAAAUAAGCAAUCAAGCUGCUAAAUUAAACAAUUUCAAUGACACCGGAGCUCUAUGGUUGCAUAGUUACGAAUCAGAAACUUUCAAAGACGACGUUGAGGAACUUUGGCAAACUCUUAAGCCCCUCUAUCAACAAAUUCACGCUUACGUCAGGGCUCAACUGCGCAACGUGUACGGGGAUCAGUUUUCUGGUGACGGACUUAUACCCGCUCAUUUGCUUGGAAACAUGUGGGCUCAAUCGUGGAAAAAUAUUUAUUCUCUCAUGACUCCCUAUCCGACCAAAGCGUCUAUCGACGUCACCGAACAAAUGAUUGAACAAGGAUACACACCACUCAAAAUGUUUCAAGUUUCUGACGAGUUUUUCACUUCGUUGGGAUUGAUCCCAAUGCCAGACGAGUUCUGGAAAGAAUCUAUGAUUGAGAAACCUGAUAAUCGUGAAGUAGUUUGUCACGCUUCAGCAUGGGAUUUUUGCAACAAGAAAGACUUCCGAAUCAAGCAAUGUACAAGAGUUACGGCAAACGAUCUCGUCGUAGUACAUCACGAAAUGGGACACAUCCAAUACGAUCUACUCUACAAAGAUCAGCCAAUCCUUUAUCGCAAUGGAGCAAAUCCAGGAUUUCACGAAGCAGUGGGGGACACUUUAGCCCUAUCCGUCAUUACGCCCAAACAUUUGAAAGAAAUUAGAUUACUCGACGAGUCUAUUCCCAUUGACGAUUACGAGACUUCCAUCAACUUCCUCUUUUCUAUGGCCCUCGAAAAAAUUGCCUUUUUACCUUUUGCCUACUUAAUUGACAAAUAUCGGUGGGAUAUUUACGAUGGAACGGUUGAUGAACCUCAGUACAACACGCAUUGGUGGAAGCUACGGAAAGAAUACCAGGGAAUCAAACCACCUAAUGCGCGAUCAGAAGCAAAUUUUGAUGCCGCUGCGAAGUUUCAUGUCCCUGCCAAUGUCGAAUAUCUACGAUACUUUGUGAGCACAAUUAUCCAGUUUCAAUUUCAUCGUUCAUUGUGCAUUGAAGCUGGACAAUAUGAUCCCCUAGAUCCAAACAAGCCGUUACACAACUGUGAUAUCUACAGGAGCAAAGCCGCUGGUUCGAAACUGGCCGCUGGUCUCUCUAUGGGUUCGUCGAAACCGUGGCCCGAAGUCAUGAAAGUAAUGACAGGACAAGAGAAAAUGGAUGCUUCCGCCAUCCGCGAAUAUUUCAAGCCACUAGAAAAAUGGCUUUCCGCAGCAAACGAACAAUCGGGCAAAGUACCUGGCUGGAAAUAAAAUCUUACAUCUAGCAGGGCAGGUUGACCUGCAUAUUUA